AUGUAUGUAGAACAUACAGAAUCAUAUAAAGUGCAGGACCACGUGCGUGAUCAUUUGAUGGUACAUAUAAAAGCGAGAACCGAUUUCGAUUGUCCAGUUGCGAAGUGUGAAGCACGGUUCAGCCAAUGUAAGAGCAUGCAAGAUCAUUUGAAUGAAGCUCAUGUCAUUACACGGGAAACGCCAGCUCCAUGUAAAUGCUGCUCCCGUAACUUCGUUUAUCCUCGGCGAUUGUUGAUUCAUUAUGAAACGGAGCACGACGAAAAAGAUGGUGCCGAGCCUGGAUCAUCAUUGCAACAUUUGUCGGUGGGAGCGAGUAAUACUGGCACUGAAAGCCUCGAAAAUCUAUCGCAGAUUACCCCGUCUGGGAGUGCAACCUUUGGUGCAGCUGCAGUCCUAAACCAGCAGGAGUGUAAGCACUGCGGUUUACAUUUCGAUGAUCCGACAUUAUGUUAUCUCCAUAAAGGAUUGCAUUCGCAUUCAGAUCCCUGGAAAUGCAACCUUUGCGGCAAGAAAUGCGAGGAUAAGUUUAUGUUCGCGAUACAUUUUAUCGCUCCUCAUCCGGGUUGUUAAUG